AUGUACACACACAGGUGGUUCUUCAGCCUCUGUACACACGGACCACAGACGUGGUUCUUCAGCCUCUGUACACACACCAGAGACGUGGUUCUUCAGCCUCUGUACACACACCAGAGACGUGGUUCUUCAGCCUCUGUACACACACCAGAGACGUGGUUCUUCAGCCUCUGUACACCCGGAUCACAUACGUGGUUCUUCAGCCUCUGUACACACACCAGAGACGUGGUUCUUCAGCCUCUGUACACCCGGAUCACAUACGUGGUUCUUCAGCCUCUGUACACACACCACAGACGUGGUUCUUCAGCCUCUGUACACCCGGACCACAGACGUGGUUCUUCAGCCUCUGUACACACACCAAAGACAUGGUUCUUCAGCCUCUGUACACACAGACCGGAGACGUGGUUCUUCAGCCUCUGUACACACACCAGAGACGUGGUUCUUCAGCCUCUGUACACACAGACCAGAGACGUGGUUCUUCAGCCUCUGUACACACGGACCAGAGACGUGGUUCUUCAGCCUCUAUACACACAAACCAGAGACGUGGUUCUUCAGCCUCUGUACACACGGACCACAGAUGUGGUUCUUCAGCCUCUGUACACACGGACCAGAGACGUGGUUCCUCUGUACAGACGGACCACAGACGUGGUUCUUCAGCCUCUGUACACACGGACCACAGACGUGGUUCCUCUGUGCACACGGACCACAGACGUGGUUCUUCAGCCUCUGUACACACGGACCAGAGACGUGGUUCUUCAGCCUCUGUACACACGGACCAGAGACAUGGUUCUUCAGGCUCUGUACACCCGGACCAGAGACGUGGUUCUCUAGCCUCUGAGGACUGAAGGACCUCACAGAGGGAGAUAUGUUUACAUGUUCUUCUUUCCUUUCAGCCUCUUCUUUUCUUCCAUGUGUCUUUCACUUUGUUCUAACUUCUCGAUCACGUGACGAUGUCCCAGACCGAAUGUUCUUCUAACUUCUCGAUCACCUGACGAUGUCCCCGGACAGAAUGUUCUUCUAACUUCUUGAUCACCUGACGAUGUCCCCGGACAGAAUUCCCGUUAUCUCCUGCAGAUCUUCUGGCAGAUCCUGCAUUUUGUGCUACUUUUAACACGACGAAGGCGAAACCCUGCUGCAUGUCGGACAGAUUGCGCCUCUACUCGGCUGCCUUCAAACAUUUCCACCUGGCUGUACAAACGCUUGCAGCCGCAGGUAAACCACAGACGGCGGAACUUUCCUUCGCAUGUUUACUAAAUGCUGCACCUGCGACUGAACAGGAACCCGCUCAGUGAGAAGGAGAACCGGAUGUUUCCAGUCCAUGUCCAAAAGAAGCCUCAUUGAAGUCUGUAAGUUACAACUCAUGUUUUCUUUCUGAAAUCCAUAAAAGACUUGAUGAUGUGCCUCCAAAGUGACAGCAGAGAUGCUAUUUUCAUCUCCUUUACUUUGCUGCUGUGCAGAACUCUUUUCUUUUUUUAUGGCUUCUUUUCUUUCCCUUUUGGAAUACUGCAACAAAGAAACAGGUUUUCUUCGUGUGUUCACCAAAACUUUUUCUUUGCAUAUUUUUGUGUUCACGUAUGUUAAUAAUCUUUUAUUUUUGCUUUGAAUAAAUAUUUCAACACUUGCA